AUGGAUAAAAAAGUGAAAGAGCAAGUUAUAUCUUCGAUUAAAUCAAUCCCACUGUCCGAUACAACAGCUGCGAGAAGGGUGGACGUUUUAACUACGGAUGUUUUUGACACUCUUCUUAAUCAACUGAGGAAGGCUGAUUUCAUAUCUCUGGCUGUGGAUGAAUCAACAGACAACUCGGAUGUAGCUCAACUUUGUAUGUUUGUGCGAUUUUUCGAUGGUCACUGUUUCAAAGAGGACAUAUUGGGAUUAAUACCACUGGAAGGGAAUACAACAGGAGAAAUUCUCUUCCAGAAGAUUUUUGAUUUUUUUCAAGAGAAUGGACUGGACUUGGAGCGUAUCAACCUGCUUGUUACAGAUGGUGCGCCCUCGAUGGCAGGGAAGAUCAAAGGACUGUCUGCACGGCUGUCUGCACUUGCGCCAAAAAUGAAGUCGCUGUACUGCCUUAUCCAUCAGAAUGUCCUUUGCCCACAAUUAAGUGGUGAGUUGAAAAACACAAUGGAUUCUGUUAUGGCUACAAUUAACUUUAUCAGAUCAACAUCUAGUCUCCAACACAGACUGUUUCACAAACUUCUUGCUGAUAUGUCAGCUGAGCAUGUUGACCUACUUUUGCAUAAUAAUGUGAGGUGGUUAAGCCAGGGAAACUCACUCAUGAGAGUCUGUGAACUGAGGAAAGAAAUCAUCACUUUCCUUCGUGAAUGCAAGCACAGAAAGGCUGAAACAUUUCUGACCAACAUGUUGGAUGAUAAAUUUGUGUCUGAGAUGUGUUUUUUAUGUGAUAUCCUUCAUCAUUUGAAUGUACUUAACCUGGGACUUCAGGGGAGAGAUAAAACAGUUGCUGAUGUGGUUGAAAUGCUAACUGCUUUUCAAAAUAAACUGGAUAUUUUUUCAUCUGAUCUCAGUAGCAGACUGCUGCACUUUCCAACCCUCAGUGGCUUCAUCAAGUCAUCACAAAGUGGUAAAGUCACAAAGGUCAUGUCAGACUUUCUGGACCAUUUGAAACACAACUUUGCACAGAGAUUCAAUGACUUUGACAUUCCCAAAGAGUUGCUGCAUGUUGUGAGGAACCCUUUCACCAGCACACCCAAUACUUCCCCCAAAGCAGCAGAGUUCCUAAAGUUGCAUGGCAUUGAUGAAGGUCCCCUGCAACUUGAAAUGAUUGAAAUGCAAGCAUCAUGUGAAUUAAAGGAUGUCCUUCAGGAAAAAGGCUGCACAGAGCUUUGGACAAAGCACAUUGUCCCAGAGAUGUUCCCAAACAUGAAAAAAUUGGCCAUGUGUGUGUUAACAAUGUUUGGAUCAACAUAUACAUGUGAAUCAUCCUUCUCUCACAUGAAUGCCAUAAAAACAGACAAUCGGAUCUCCUUGACAAAUGAGCAUCUGCAUCAUUGUUUGCGGAUUGCUGUCACCCCAUAUGAACCUAACUUUUCUCGUCUUGCCCAGUCAAUGAAGUGUCACUUUUCUCAUUAG